AUAGUGCUCUCGCCCAGAAAGUAAACACACUUCAGAAGACAUCCUUCAGAUGAGGAGAAAGGAGAGAGGAGAGGACUGAGGAGAGAGGAGAGAGGAGAGAGGAGAGGUGACCAACAGCAACAUCAUGCACCGCAUCUCAAAGCCACAAUGGCUCUUCAUGUUCCUACACAGCUUCCUGGUUGAGGCCUCUUCUCCCCGCCCCCUGUCCGUCACCUGCCAGGUGGGCAGCCGGGCGGUCCUUCCCUGCAGCUGGAAGAAGCUCCUGGACGCGGCGCCGCCCGCCUGCCACGUCCAGUGGGCCUCGGUGGACACGGUGUUCGAGCUGCGCGGGGACCAGAGGUGGGAGGCGGAGGAGUUCCAGGGCCGGGUGGAGGUCCCCAAGGAGCAGCUGGGGGGAGGGGACUGCUCCCUGGUCAUCAGCGACGUGCAGAUCGGGGACACGGGGAGCUACGAGAGCUUCAUGGUGGUGGACGGCCUGAGGGCCACCAAGACCCGGGUCUUCAUCCAGACCGUCAGGCUGUCGGUGUCCGACCACAAGUCCCUCCAGUCUCGAGGUCCAGGUGAGGACUUGGUCCUGGAUCUCUACACCCGCCACUCUGCGCGGGUCGUCUUCCAGGACAGCUCUUCGUGGUCGCUGGUCUGGUCCAGGGAGGACGGGGACAGCGAGCGUCUGGUGAAGGACCCGCUGGCCGAGCAGCUGACGAUGAAGAAGCUCUCGAUGGAGGACGGAGGAACCUACAAAGUCCUGGACCAGCACGGCCUCGCCGUCAGCACCGUGCAGCUGUCCGUGGGAGGAAGCUCCACAGUCCAGCAGCUUCUGGAAGAACGACCUCCGACAGAUGACGGCGCCAGAAGCAGCUGUUCGUCUUUCGUCUUCUCUCUUCUCGUCACGAGCUUCCAAAUCAUUCAUCUGGUCUGAUGAGAAACAUCGCUGCUGAAUAAUUAAUACUAUAUAUUAUAUAUAUACAUAUAUAUAUAAUAUAUGUGUAUAUAUAUAUAUAUAUA